AUGGAUCAUCACUGCCCAUGGGUCAAUAACUGUGUCGGUGAAGGAAACCAAAAAUUUUUCGUUCUCUUUAACCUCUAUAUAUUUCUCGUUUCGGUGGUGGGCAUGAUCCUCUCCAUUUGCUUCUUCCUCUCCUGUUUUUCUGAAUUCGGAAUGUGCGAGUAUCCGGGUAGUUACAGUGCUACAGCCUCUCUAAUCAACAACAUAUUCCUCGUCUCGGAGUCAGUCUUCUUCGGACUCUUCACAAGUAUCAUGUCGUGUUCGCAGGUCUCCGCAAUCAUCUCCGAUGAAACUGUGACAAUAUGUAAGAAUCGGCUAAUCACAUCAUUCGGUGCGACCAAUGCAUCGCUCACAUCGCUGCCCUCCACAAUGCUCGCCAUCAGCGCAGGUUUUGAGUCUCUCCUUUUCGGUAUCUUCACUGCUGCCAUUGGAGGCUCCCAACUCUUCAGUAUUUGCAAAGACGAAACUGCUGUAGAGAGCUUAAAGCGCGAUAAGGGCGUGGCUAGACCCCGAAUUUCAAAACGUGAGUCCCUGGCAAACGUCUUCGGUCGUCCCUUCUCUUGGCGUUGGUUCUCUCCUUUCCACCCCCCAGCUCCGCUGACACCUGUUAUUCCACCGUCAACGACAGAUCUUGGCGCUAAAGAUGGCGAAAGCAGCACCGAUGGAGCUGGCACAGAAGGGCAUGAACAACAGUACAAUGAUGUCUACCUUGUGUAG